AUGGGAUCUGCCACCCCGAGUGCGGCUGGGGUGGCGGAUCUUCAGGUGAUCCUUAUUUCCUAUGAAUUCAACACCAGGAAGUUUUCAAUGGUCAUCACCAGACGCAGCGUCCUACCACAGCUUCAACAGCAGGCAGCACUCGGACACUGCCGACAACUAGUCCCCUUAGUGUGUGUGCUGGGAGGACCUGAGCCACCUCCACCCCACCCUGCCCUGACACACUGGAUCCCCACCAAACCUCUCCCUGCCCCUCCCUGUGGGGGAGGAGGAGGUCUGCGCCCCGCCCGCCCCGGCCCAAUCACCUUCAGGCUUGGGGCAAAGGGUGCGCUGCGGCUGCCCCGCCCUGACCUGAAGGGCUUCCUGCCACAGGAGGAGGAGGAGGAGGAGGAAGAGGCGCGGGUGCCCCCCCGGGGGACACGACAGCGGCGACGACGAGCCCUCCGUCCUGCACCCCCCGGCCCCCGAGCCCCGCCCCACCCACCAUCAGCCACACCAGUCCCUACCACAGCCUCUGUCCCCCGCCCCACACCAGGAGCGACUCAGAGCUGCCCUCCGCUGCGCCCCCUGCUCCCCCUAAAGCAGCAGCAGCAGCAGCAACAGCCACAGCAGGUGUACAGCUGGCCCUACCCUCCACAACCACAGCAGUUCCAGUACCCUUAUGAUGCAGCUGAGGGGACUGACACUGCCACCACCACCACCACCACUGCCACCACCGCCACAACAAGGGUUAUUCAGGUGUUGCCCCAAUAUGCUUCAACCCCACAGCCCCACUCCCCCAUGACAGUGCAGGCAGGGAAUGUCAUACAGGCUACCACCACCAUGACCACCAUGACCACCACCACCACCAUGACCACCGCCACCACCACCACCACCACCACCACCACCACCACCACCACCACAGCACUCAGCGUGGCACAGAAGGAACAGAGCCAGGCGGAAAACAAGGACUAAGAUCCACUGCCACUUCCAAAUAAGGCUACCACCACCAUGACCACCAUGACCACCACCACCACCAUGACCACCGCCGCCACCACCACCACCACCACCACCACCACCACCACCACCACCACCACCACCACAGCACUCAGCGUGGCACAGAAGGAACAGAGCCAGGCGGAAAACAAGGACUAAGAUCCACUGCCACUUCCAAAUAAGGCUACCACCACCAUGACCACCAUGACCACCACCACCACCAUGACCACCGCCGCCACCACCACCACCACCACCACCACCACCACCACCACCACCACCACCACCACCACAGCACUCAGCGUGGCACAGAAGGAACAGAGCCAGGCGGAAAACAAGGACUAAGAUCCACUGCCACUUCCAAAUAAGGCUACCACCACCAUGACCACCAUGACCACCACCACCACCAUGACCACCGCCGCCACCACCACCACCACCACCACCACCACCACCACCACCACCACCACCACCACAGCACUCAGCGUGGCACAGAAGGAACAGAGCCAGGCGGAAAACAAGGACUAAGAUCCACUGCCACUUCCAAAUAAGGCUACCACCACCAUGACCACCAUGACCACCACCACCACCAUGACCACCGCCACCACCACCACCACCACCACCACCACCACCACCACCACCACAGCACUCAGCGUGGCACAGAAGGAACAGAGCCAGGCGGAAAACAAGGACUAAGAUCCACUGCCACUUCCAAAUAAGGCUACCACCACCAUGACCACCAUGACCACCACCACCACCAUGACCACCGCCACCACCACCACCACCACCACCACCACCACCACCACCACCACAGCACUCAGCGUGGCACAGAAGGAACAGAGCCAGGCGGAAAACAAGGACUAAGAUCCACUGCCACUUCCAAAUAA